GUACAGCGCCAUGGCACUCCAAAAACUACGAACCUUCUUCUCAGGAAAACAAACCCUCCCCUUCCAUGUCCUAUCCGAUCUCCAUCUAGAAGUCGACCAACAAUACGUCUCCUUUCCAUUCCCAGUCUGCGCAAACCAUCUCAUUCUUGCCGGCGAUGUCGGGCGCUUAGCGGAUUAUGACGCAUAUCUAUACUUCCUACAGAAGCAGGUUGAGCGGUUCGCAACUGUGUUCCUCGUUUUAGGGAAUCAUGAAUUUUACAAGGAGUCUUUCAAAUCAGGGAUUGAAAAAGCUAGACGGCUUGAGAAGGAGCCUUGUUUGAACGGCCAGCUUGUGCUUCUUCACCAGAGACGAUACGAUGUUCCGGAUUCGAAUGUCACUAUCCUCGGCUGUACGCUUUGGUCCAGAGUUUCAAAGAGAUCGAGCGACGAUAUCCGGCAGAAUGUUCAGGAUUUUCACCAGAUAGAGGAUUGGACAAUCGAUGACCACAAUGCAGCUUAUGAUGCGGAUUUCGAAUGGUUACUACGGGAGCUCAAAUCGAUGCAAAAUGAGAACCAGAGAGCAGGGAAAGAUCAGAAACGAUCUGUCCUGGUCGUGACGCAUCACGCGCCUUUGACCCAAUUGACGUCCAGCCCGCGGAACGAGAAUAGUUCCAUAUCGCCUGCAUUUGCGACUGACAUUCUUUCGGAUAUUCCAAAGUUAGAUGGCGUUAAGGCAUGGCUGUUUGGCCACACGCACUAUUCAACAGAAUUCAAGUACCGGGGGGUAAAAGUUGUUAGCAACCAACGGGGAUAUGUGCUUAAUGGGAUCCGUCUGGGGGAUAAGACAAAUAGAUUUAAUCCUACAAAGGUCAUCCAUCUAUGAUAAAGUGUUGAUAUCGUGUCAUGAUGAAUAUAGAAACUGUAUAGGUAGUCACUACCCUUUAUGGCCACACUUUAGGGCACAUCCUCAGGGCUUCCCUGGCCCGUGCGGAUCCGAUCUUUUUCCGCCGACCU